AUGUCAAAAUCUAAAGUUUGUCUUAAUAAUACAUCAACAAGACUUGAUAUAUCAAAAACAUAUACAGAUACCCCACACUCUCGUUAUACAACAAUUGCUCAAAAAAAAGAAUACAGGACAAAAGACAAAGAAAAUUUAAAAUCAUCUUUUGCUUCACGUACAUCAUCUAUUGUAUCACUUACUUCACAAAAAGUAUUCAAUAUUCAUCCACCGUUUCCAAACAAUUUUGUUUUAAAAGGUAAAAUGAUGAGAAAUAUUGAGAUUUUUGGUGGAGUUCCUUUGACAAUCCCUGAUACAACAAUUUCUUUUGCAUUUGCUGUAAGUGAUAAUCCUUGCUUGUUUAAAAUUCAACGUAAGGAUUAUAAAAGUUCUAGUGAACAUGUCUUAAGAUUUUGUGAUAGAUUAAAUAUAUGUGUAUAUUCAACAAUAUAUUUAUAUAACGUUUUGCGUGAAUUAUCAUACUUAAGAAAAAUCAAAAAUGCAGGAAAUAAAACAUUAUUACCAAAUAUUAAUAGUGGAUUACCUCUAAAAGGCUUAUUUGUGAAAGUUCAACAUUAUAAAAGUCCUUCAGCUCCGUUUGUAAAAUUUGCUGAUAAGAAUUCAAAAUUUUUAAACAUAUAUAUUGGUGAUUCUGCUGGCAGAAGUGCCUUUCAUUCAGUAACUACAGAUGAAAAUAGAAAGAGGGAAGAAAGAAGAAAGGGUAUUUCUCACGCAAAGGAGAAAAAACUUAAACUUGAAGGUUAUUGUGAAUUUUGUAAUAUUCGGGUUCCUGAUAGAUUUAAUCAUUGCCAAAUGGAUAUUCAUCGUAGAGCUUUAGAUGAUAAAGCAUUAGAAUAUCGUGAUCUAGAUAGAUUUUUAGGAUUUUUUGACAAAGAUUUUAUGCCCAGUUUUAAACAUCCUAAUGUGAAAAAAAAUAUAAUAAAAAAUCAUUGCAUUACUGUCAAGGUAGAAGAAAGCAAAGAAAAUAAUAAACUUGCCAAAGAUUAUCUUCAAUCAAGAUUUCAUAUUUCAGAAUUACCGAAUCCAGAAAGUACCAGGUUAUUGACUGAAAUCAUUGAGUCUAUGUAA